CCUGCGAAGCUCAGCUUCCGGGACUGCGCCGAGCGGAGCUGCGGCCCGGGGGCUUUGGCAGCAGAGCUUGCGGGUUCUGCUGUCUGGAUUCGCGUGCGGCUGUCGCGAUGUUUUACUCCCAGGCCGGCGCCCGGCCACGGACGUGGGAAGCCAGUCCCCCAGAGCACAAGAAGUGGGUGGAAGUAUUUAAAGCAUGCGAUGAAGAUAACAAAGGCUAUCUAAGCAGAGAGGACUUUAAAGUUGCUGUUGUAAUGCUGUUUGGUUACAAGCCAUCCAAGAUAGAAGCUGAUUCUGUGAUGUCGUCAGUAGAUCCAAACACUUCUGGGAUACAACUUAAGGAGUUUUUAGACAUCGUAAGGAAAAAGAAGGAAGCUCACCUGUAUUGCAAUGAAGUAAGACACAUCUUCACGGCUUUUGACAGGCACUAUCGUGGAUAUUUAACUCUGGAAGAUUUCAAGAAAGCAUUUAAGCAGGUGGCUCCCAAGUUAUCAGAAAGGAUUAUUCUUGAGGUAUUCAGGAGCAGGUUCCAAUGGUGCAGAAAGCAUCCUGAAGAUGUCACCCUGAUUUAGAGGCUGCACCAGAAUGUAGAUCAAUAGAUCAUCUCUCUCAUGAGAAAGUCCUGCCAUGAAAAGAAAUGUUGGUGGAACUAAACCAUGGGCUGAGUGCCGUCCUAAAGAUCACAAUUAGGUAAAGGCUGCUGUGUUAAAUUCCGAAUUAUGCUGUGUUACUUGAUCCUGUGGAAGCAGACCAUGAACAGCUGUUGCUACAUGCUGAGGUAUCAGGAUGAUCAAGAGGACAAUUGUUUGAGAAUGUUUGAUUUACAGAAGAACUCUGUACAUUUCUGUAAAAUCAGAAGACAGAUCCUGGCCUGUUGACGAGAUGAACUGGACGAGCAGGACUGCUUAUAUAUCUAAUACCUUCAGUGUUUUUAACGAUCUUGGUACUUCCAUGCAAAGAAGAAACAUGUUUAUCAAUGGCUGAUAAGAUCAAAGGGCAAAAAAGGAAAGCUAGGAGCUUUCUACAGAUCAUUAUGACACGCGUUCCAUAAUUUAGCAAUGAUCAAUGCAAGUGAUGAUCUCAGUACUGCACAUCUGUGAAAGGCUAUCACAAAACACCUUAAGAUUUGAUCAGGCAUUUUGAAUUUUAUUUUCCAUCAAAAGAAGAUCUAUGCCCAGAAAAUUCAUGGAUCCAGAAUCCAUUUCUUUCAUCAAAAGAUAACUUAAAUUUAACCAUAACUUACAAGAUAUACUGCUAGAACCGGCUUCUGUUGAAGGAUUUAAAGAACUCUGAAAACGUAGUAGCACUUUCUCCAUUUUAGAUAAAACUUUAAAAUGAACAAACUGAGCUUGCUGAGAUUGCUCUAAAACCUCUUCUGUUUCAUUCUAUGAGACUAGUUUUUUUUCCUAUUCUUAUUAUCACCAUCAUAUUAUUAUUAUGAAAAUAAAACUUAGAAAUAGUUUAGAUGUACUUGGUCCCCUACAAGCAGCCUUGCUGGCAAACGCACCCAGGUUAGAAAAAUUAUCAAGCAAGAAGCAAAGCAAUUUGCCAUAUUAAAAUUUUUAUUGAGUGCGUGCUCAGUCGUCACCAACUCUUUGCGAUCCCACGGACUGUAGCCCUCCAGGCUCCUCUGUCCAUGGAAUUUUCCAGGCAAGAAUACUGAGGUGGGUUGCCAUUUCCUCCUUCGGGGGAUCUUCCCGACCCAGGGAGUGGGUCGCUCUGGCAUCUCCUGCAUUGGCAGGGCUCUUCACCAACUGUGCCACAGUAUUUCUGGGCUCUGUGUUCAUUCACAGUGUACCUAUAGACACUUAACACGGGGAUUCAUUUUUUUCCCUCAAAAUGAAAAAAGUUACAAGUGUAAUAGUGAUCCUAGGUAUUAGUUGCCUACACGCAUACUUUCAACGAACAACAUACGAUUUUCAUAGUCCUUUUUCCGUUUACUUUGGUACUAUUUAUUGCAAUCUAAUUUCCUGUUGGUUGAACUAGGAAUACAAAAUUACAGUUUUUAUCUUGCAUGUCUUUUUAUUUCACUUUUCUAGUGAUUCAUUUUUAUUAAGUUUUACCAAGUAUCAGUUUGCAACACUGGAAAAUUUUUUGAAAGUGGUCCUUUACCAAAGAGAAUUUAAGCAGGACUGCCUUAGGGGACUUAAUAGAAAAAUGAGACUUUUCAUGAAAACAUACCGUCUGAAAAGAAUUAGUUCUCUUACCAAGUCUCUCAAACUAUUAGACACGUUCUCAGUUACUUUAUUUUGAACCAGAAAAGAGUGUUGGGCCCGAAGUAGCCUCAGUCAGUAGGAGAUUUUGCUGCUUACAAAGGUCACCUAAUGAAGUUGAUGAAUAAAGAAGAAAGGAAAUUUCACAUGGAUCCAGUCUCCUGCCUGGUAUUAUUCACUCAUAAUUGCAAAUACUGGCUAUCAUUGCAAACAAGCCUUUAAAGAUUAUUUUAAAAGCAAUCCAGUAAGUGGUUACAUAUUGUUGUUGGCUGUGGUCAGUCACGAAGUCAUGUCCAACUCUUUGCGACCUCAUGGACUAUAGCACACCAGGCUCCUCUGUCCUCUAUUGAAUCAGUGAUGCCAUCCAAUCAUCUCAUCCUCUAUCACCCCCU